AUGCAUCAUAACUGCUCACCACCCAUUGUUCAUCGAGAUGUGAAGUCCAGUAACAUCCUUUUAGAUCUCGAGUUUAAUGUACAGAUAGCUGAUUUUGGUCUUGCCCAAAUGCUUAUCAAGGAGGGAGAAUCUGCUACAAUGUCAUCUGUGGCUGGCUCUUUCGGUUACAGAGCUCCAGAAUAUGCUCGUACAACACGAGUGAAUGAGAAGAUUGAUGUUUAUAGUUUUGGAGUUAUCCUUUUGGAGUUGACAACGGGAAGGAAAGCUAAUGACGAUGAUGAACACAUAUCUCUUGUAGAAUGGGCAUGGCGAUAUGUUCAAGAAAACAAAUUUAUAGUUGAUGCCUUGGAUGAGGAGGUCAAGGAACACUAUUACAUGGAUUCCAUGUGCUGUGUUUUCAGACUCGGACUCAGUUGUACUCACAAAUUUUUUACGCGGCCAUCCAUGAAAGAGAUUUUGAAUGUUUUGCUGCGAUGUUACAACCAACUCUUACUCUGUUAUGGAGACAAGACUAAUGGUUCAAGUCAUGCUUGCGAUAUAGAUGCUUAUCCCCUCCUCAAGAGUUCGAAGCGUGAGAGGAUGCUAGAAGAUGAUGAUGAUGAUGGUGUAAGUUUGGCAUCCAUCGUUUGA